AUGGCAGGCACCCGACGAGGCGGUGCCUUGGGCGCCUUUACGGUUGCCGGAAAGUUCAAUCCGGUGCCUGAGUACGCUUUAACCUUCGUCCGCGACUACGACAUCAAGGGCAUCGGGGCCAUGUUGGCUAAAGCUUCUCCUUGCUCGAUGGAGGAACAGAUCGAACUCUUCAGGAAGAAUGUGGAACAAUUCAGGAAGCCUAAUGCCAUUGGAACAUUCCCCAACAAAGGCAAUGCCAAGGACAAGGAGGGCGAGGAGAGCGACAUCGAGGAGGAGGAGGGGGAUUACGAGGUGGAUGAAGAUUUUGGCGACGGUAUGGAUGAAGAUGAGGAGAUACUUGAGCUGAUGGUUGAUGACAGUAAACCUGCUACUGAUGGACAGCUUCAAGUCCAUAAUGAAGGUGAACGACAGUGCAAGAAGCCAAGAUUAGCAGAAGAAGGCUUUGGGUGGCAAGGGAAAUUUUGA